AUGGCCAAGAGUUCGAGAUCCAGUGUCAUCAAGAAGAACAACCAGAGACUCAAGGCAAAUGUCUUUGGUCCCGUUGAGCAGGCAAGAGCCGAGCGUCUUUCGGCGAAGCUGCAGGAACUAGCCAGGCAACCCAAGCCUGAGAAGGAGGCCGAUAUCGACAUGGAUGAUGAGCAGCAGCAUAUCGACGCGCAACUUAACGGCGAUGAUGUCGAGAUCAGGACUGAUGAUAAUGUCAUGGAUGUCGACUCGACCAAGCCCAAGCGUCGGACCGGCAGAAUCCAGAAGCAGAGGAAGAAGACAUCCAAGGUUGUUUUCCCUAAGUACAAGGACCGCCACGGCGGUGUCCAGAAGAAGAAGAAGGCUUAA